AUGCUAGACGACUGUCCAAUAUGCUCGGGAAGAGGGAACCAUGCGAUGUGGAUCCAAUGCUCAGGAUGCCAUCAAUGGUUUCAUUCGAAAUGUUUGCAACUUGCCGAUCACGACUUGAGUGAGAUUGUUUCAUACCACUGCAAUAAAUGCACACCCAAGUAUGGACCUUCAGAGUACAAGCGAAAGUCCAAAAGAGCAAGGAUUACAAUCGAUUACGUAGCUUUGAACGAAGGUGACGCUUUUGCAUUAGACAAAGGGUCUCAUUUCCACCUUCCCAAGUUCUUGCAAUUCACUGGGGAAGAGGGUAUUUGCAUCCAAGAAAACUUGAUAAAUGUUACAAAGCCGACUCUUGUUCCCCGUGUCAACUGUGAACUAGUAGGAAUGAAACUACCACGCCCGAGAAAAGAAAUCACUAUGGAGUAUAUAGCCGACUGCUGUGGACAAGAUCGACCGGUUGAAGUGAUGGAUGUGAUAUCUCAACAAGGAAUUUCGCCGGGAUGGAGGCUACACCAAUGGCGAGAUUAUUUCAAUACUGAGGAACAACAUCGUGACAGACUACGUAAUGUAAUAUCCUUGGAGAUAUCUGAUGCUCCUGAACUAGGGACUGAGUUCCAUCGACCCCAAUUGGUUCGCGAGAUGGAUUUGGUUGACAAGGUGUGGAACGAUGAAGACCAAGAGCGGAGCAAAGUUACAAAAUACUGCCUAAUGUCGGUGAAGGACUCAUUUACCGAUUUUCACAUUGAUUUCGGAGGCACUUCAGUGUACUACACCGUGAUCAAAGGAAGCAAGUCUUUUCUCAUGUUCCCACCGACUGAGGACAAUCUUGAUAUAUACACCUCGUGGUGCUUGCAACCGGACCAGAAUUUCCUUUGGUAUCCUGAACACUUUAUAUUGAGAAACAAAAAAAAGAUUUAUCCAAAUGGUGGACUCAAGGUAACUUUACAACCAGGAGACUUGUUUAUGAUUCCCAGUGGCUGGAUCCACUGUGUUCAUACCCCGCAGGAUUCAAUUGUGAUUGGCGGUAAUUACUUGACCUUGCGAGAUAUGCUGAUGCAGUUGAAAAUAUACGAUAUUGAACGAGUAACCAAAGUUCCUACAAAAUUCAGGUUCCCAAUGUUCAAUAAAGUCAUUUGGCUCAGUGCAAUUUAUUAUGCCAAUCAUCGCGACGAGUUUAUCAAAGAUAUUGGGAAAGGGGAAGAAGAAGAAGAAGAAGAAGAAGAUGGAUCGGGGAUACUUGAUGCCAUGAUAGGACAUCUUGAGCGUCAUCUUGAAUUAAGCAAGACAAACCUUGUGGCAAGGAAAAGCAUACCAAAACUGAUCAAUCCUCGAGAAUUUCUACAGGUAUUGAAAUUAUGGAGAGACGAUUAA